AUGGCACUUCAUCUGCCCCCUUCCGCUGCGGGGAACGCGUCUUCCGAGUCCGGGACGUCCUCUAACCCCAGAUAUACCCCAGUCUCGAAUAGCUCUGACGAAGAGGGCAAUCGGGCGGAACCGAACGAUUUGCCUCUUGGGGAACUUCGUGUCCAGACGAAUUUUGAUACCGACGAUGCUCAUGAUGCACCUAUCUCGGACGUUGAGAAUGAGAACUCAUACGACUCUACUGAGGGCAUGAAAGGGAAGAACCGACGGAAGCAGAAGAAAGCAAAAUAUACAGCGCAGGAAGACCGGGAGGUUGUGAGGAUAUUUGACAGGAGGCUAGUGCCAUUCUUGGCUCUGUUAUACCUCCUAGCAUUUCUUGAUCGCUCAAAUAUUGGCAAUGCGAAAAUUGCUGGACUUCAAGAGGAUCUCCAACUAUCUUCCUCGCAAUAUGAAUGGCUACUUACUGCCUUUUACAUCACUUACAUCCUCUUCGAGUGGAUGACACUUAUGUAUCGCGUGGUGCCUCCUCAUAUUUAUAUAUCCCUUUGUGUAUGUGGGUGGGGAUUGGUGGCUUCUUUCCAAUGCUUGGCCACCUCCUUUGGAGGGCUGAUCGUCCUUCGCUUCUUGCUUGGCAUCACCGAGGCAGCAUUUGGACCGGGAGUGCCCUUCUAUCUGUCGCUGUUCUACAGACGCCAUGAACUUGCAUUUCGGAAUGGGCUCUUUAUUUCAGCAGCGCCGCUAGCUACGACGUUUGCCAGUAGCUUGGCAUGGGUGAUUGUCAAGCUCAGUAGCAAUGGCCCCAUCUCUCCCUGGCGCACUCUUUUCCUGGUUGAGGGCUUUCCAAGUGUUAUUGUCGCUGUGUUCGCAUGGGCUCUGAUUCCAGACUCCCCAGGCCAAGCUCGCUUUCUCACGCGCAGGCAGCGUAUCGUCGCUAGAAUCCGGCUUGGUGAGAACAAAUCGGACUAUCAACAUUCGCAGUCGGCUCGCUUCAAUUGGCGAGAGAUAUCGAAAACAGCUUCAGAUCCCAAAGCAUACAUGGCAGCUUUCAUGUUCUUCAGCUGCAAUGUUGCCUUUAGCUCGAUGCCCGUUUUCCUUCCUACUAUCAUCAAAGACAUGGGUUAUUCCUCUCUCCACGCUCAAGCCCUCUCUGCGCCUCCCUACCUGGUUGCAUUCAUUGUGGUUCUCCUAACCGCAUACUCUUCCGACCGCAGCCGCAGCCGCAGCCCAUUCCUCAUUGCCCACGCACUCGUCUCUUCACUCUCAUACUUCGCCAUAGCUGCAACAGGGUACUUCCAUGAACACCUGUCUACCGAAUUACACACCUUCAUCCGAUAUAUCUGCGUUUAUCCAGCCGUAGCCGGGUUCUUCUCUGCUAUCACCCUGAUUAUCACCUGGACGAUGGACAAUCGGGUCGAAAAGGAAGGCAAGGGAGCCAGCAUUGCCAUCUUGAAUGUAAUCGGCCAAUGUGGACCUCUUCUUGGGACCAGGCUAUAUCCUGAAUCAGAUGGACCGUGGUAUGUCCGCGGAAUGGCCGUCUGCUCCUGUUUUAUGAUCGUGGUGGCUAUCCUUGCUUUUGUGAUGAGGAUCAUAUUGCAGCGUGCUAAUCAAGCUUCGGGGCCGUUGUUCGAUGUCAAUGAGGCUGGCCCUAUCGAUCCUGGGGAGGAACGGGAUGAGCUUAUGGGUGGAGGACGACGUGACGACCUUGAGCAUCAUACGGGUGAAGAGCGGCUGGUGUAUAUUAUCUGA